CCCCCAUGUUCCAUGUCUAAAUCUUGCGCCCGACUAUAUUCAACGCAGGAUAGCUCUUUGUUUAUCGUCGUAUAGCCUUUUCUGUUGAUGUCUACUGCAGUAUCUUCCUCAAAUCCGGCUUUGUGGGCGACAGCUUCUAAAGAAUGGGUCAUUCAACCCAAGCCCAAGCCUGGUCGUAAACCCAAGAAGGAUCCUGCACCAUCCAACACCGACCCGGACGUAGAUGGUAAAGGUCGGCGCGUUCAGAACAGAGCUGCACAGCGUGCAUUCCGAGAGAGAAAACAGUCUCAGCUUGCAGAAUUACAGGCUCGCCUGCAGUCUUAUGAGCAGGGAGAAAUAGAGCGUAACGUGGCGCUCCAAAACAUUGCCAAGCGGCUCAAGGAGGAGAAUGAAAUGCUACGGAAGCAGAAUAAAUCUCUUCAGGAGAAGAUCACCAAGGUGGAGUCGGAACGUGACGCUGCUCUCGCAAAUAAUAAGAAGAGGUCAAGAGAUGAAUCUCCUGCGUCCACUUCAUCCACGCUGUUGUCGAGAAAGAAAAGCAGGAUCAUCUCAGAUUCGCAGGCCUCACAGUCCCCGACACCUCCUUCUUAUACCCUAUCCACCGCGUCGUCACCGGAGUCCAAUGAAGCGCCGGAGACGCCUCAGUCACCCAUCGACCAUGACCCCUCAUUCUCGAGUCCCAAUCUAGCCAACUUGAUUGACUUUUCGACUGCUUCCAAGCCACCAUUGGAUACUCCAUUCCCGCCGUUUGGAUGCGGCUUUUGCAGUGAAGAUACUCCUUGUGUUUGCCGCGAAGUCGUGAUCCAAUCAACGGCACAAUCUCCCUUGAAACUAGAGAGAUUUGAUGACCCCGAUCCAAUUUUGCGUAUGGGCUCACCUCCUCCCGCUGUUCCCUCUAUACUGGACAAUCUUCCUGCCUAUCAGCCAGCCAUUCCAUUACGCCGCAGACCUCUCAGCACGAAUGUCGGAGAAAUAUUUCCCGUUUCGCCUCUGCGUCCAAAAUCACCAUUCCAUUCUGAUGUCAUUGCAAGUUGUUCAGGUGAUCCUGACAAUUGUUUGGCUUGCGCCGGCGACACUUUUGGGAAGGCAUUUUGUGCUGCCAUCAGUCAGUCAGUAGCCUCGCAGGAGCCCUGCGUCGACUGUCCUUGCGCGCAGAAUGACGCAUUGGGCAGACCGGAACCACGAUCUGGCAAGUCAGAUCAGGAGACCAUCCCCACGAAUGACGCAUGGCAACAGUUGAAGUCCCACCCUAAUGUCGCAUUUUCCGACCUGAGUCUUCUCGCCGACGUAGUUGCUAGAAGAUCGAAAUGUACAGGGCCUCGUGUGGUCAUAUCUCCUCCCCUCGGAUCCAUCACUCCGGAACGUUCAAUAUCUCCCCAGCCAACGAAUGGAGGCACAGGAACCGAGGGCAAAGCCCUCAGAAUGUCGGGGCGGGCGUCACCGCCACAGUUGGUACCAGAAGAAGAAUUACUGAGAUGCGGACAACGAAGAGUGCGUGAGGUUCAAGCAGCUGGUGUUCGCGACGCGCUUCGCCUUCUCGACGCCAAGUUCUCUUAAGGACCACGCAUAAUGCCUUUAUUGUAAUCCAUUUUU